AAACUAAAUGGAAGAACUCAGCUGAUUUUGACAUCUUAAACAUGUUUUUAAAUUUUUUUCAUACUUGUUUUUGAUUGUGGUUAAAUAAUUGAAAAUGCUCAAAGCGACACAAUAUUUGGUAAAUAUUCCUCAAAAUUUGAGAACCACACGUAAAUUUUCCUGCACGGUGAUACGUGCUCUCGAUCAAAAGUGGCGUGAACAAAAUGGACUGCCGGGAAAUCCAAAUGCUUUUGGGCCCUUAACUAAUUUGCCCGACUACACUUUCUUGGACGGCCGACCAACUCCCCUCGGUUCUAACCAAAAACGCCGAUUGAAGAAACAACAAGAGAUCGCUGCUAAAAUUGUGACACUAAGUAGCGAACUGGAUUUCGCGAAGGAACGAUAUGCUCGCAUACAAGCUGAACAGGAAACUGCCAAAGAGAAUGUUCUAAAGAACAAGUUGAGACCCAAGGGCCAUCUGCUGCUUAAGAAAGAAUAGAAGUAAUUCAUAGAUCAAUAUAACUUAAAACGUUAAUGUUAUAAAGUUAUAUACCAGUAUGCAUACAGCUGUUGUAUAACUUAAAACCUAUCCGGCUUAAUAAAUGUUAUUAAUUAUAA